AUGUCUGCUGUGCAUGAAUUUAUCCCUUCCAAAUAUGUGGACCCUCGUCGCUCACCACCUUGGAUAACACCUACCAUCUUGCAUCAUAUUCGUAAAAAGGUUACUGCCCGUAAGAGAUUCCUUAGCCGUGGAACUGAUUAUCUUAAGGCGAAGUUUAACAAACUGAGAGCUGAAGUUAAAAAAAUGAUUCAAAAUAGCAGAGAGUCAUUUUUCUCGUCAUUAGGAAACACUAUACAAAUCAACCCAAAACGUUUUUGGUCGGUUUUCAAAAUCAAGUCAAGUUCUGGAAAUAUACCCAACUCCGUCACAAGGUCGGAUACCAACAAUCCUGGGACUAGAUUACAUGCUAACACACCACACGACAUUGCAACAAUGUUUAACGAGUACUUUCAUUCUGUCUACACAUGUUUCUCUGACCAACCCCCGCCAUCUCAAUCUGGUUCAUCAUCUCCUUUAUCCAGCAUCUCAUCCAUUGACCUCUCUCUAGAAGAAGUAUAUCAAGCCUUACUGAACUUAGAUCCUUCUAAGGCUCAUGGUCCUGACGGGUUUCCUUCCCGCAUUUUAAAGGAAUGUGCCCUCCAAUUAGCACCUUCACUUCAUUACUUGUUUUCAAAGUCACUCCGUUUAUCGCAGGUUCCCACCGAAUGGAAAUUAGCUAAUAUAAUUCCUCUACUCAAGAAAGGAAACAAAGAUCACGUUGAAAACUACCGUCCCAUUUCUCUGUUGUGUAUCAUAAGCAAGACUCUUGAACGUUGUGUCCUCAACCAUUUAUCGCACCGUAUACAGUCCAACAUUCAUUCGGCGCAGUAUGGUUUCGUCAACGGAAGAUCAAGUACAGCUCAGUUAUUGUCAAUUUUAAACACUAUUGGGAAAAACUUGGAUCAGGGUUUACAAACUGAUGUUGUUUUCAUGGAUAUUUGUAAGGCCUUCGAUAGCGUUGACCAUUCCAUACUUUUACAAAAACUUCACGAUUUCGGCUUCUCUGGUUCUCUCUUGCUAUGGUUUCAAAACUAUUUAUCAGGUCGCUUCCAACGGGUAACUGUACACGGCGCUACGUCUACGUCUCUGCCAAUCACAUCUGGAGUCCCACAAGGAUCGUUGCUGGGUCCCUUUCUCUUCUCAGUGUACAUCAAUGACUUACCUAACAACAUAUCCACUUCCACUGGGGUCGGUUUGUUUGCUGACGAUACCAAACUUUACAGAUGUGUGCAGAAUCCCUGUGAUGCAUUGGUCUUGCAAGAUGAUAUUCAAGGCCUACUUUGUUGGUCGAUAGAAAACCGGCUACGCUUUAACCAAUCUAAGUGUAAAGUGUUGUCAAUAACCAGAAAGAAAUCGCCUUUAAUUUAUCCCUAUAAGCUUGACAAUGAUCAGUUGUUGGUUUCCAACGCACAGGUUGAUCUGGGUAUCACCAUUAGUCCUAAGCUAUUAUGGAACGAUCAA